AUUCCGUGGAUAUGCGUUAUAAGGCGUGUAUGAUGCAAGCAUAGAGUGGAUUGUUAUGACUCAGGCUCCUAUAGCGUUAUAAUCUGGGAACUUCAUUACCGGAUUUCUUGAUUAUUUAGUUUUAGAAGAUUAACACAAGAUAAGGAACGAACGCUGUAUGAUAUAGAGAUAUUCCGCGCAAUUGAAUCUGUGUCGUUUCCAGGGGAACGCUUUGCUAAAUUACACAGUGGUUGGUCGACCAUGCGAAGUUUUGAGGCAGUUGGUAAAUUAUAACAAACUCCGUACUUUUGAAGAGGAAAAAAGAGCCGUUUUCUGGCUAUACUUUGACAUUAAGAGUUCAGUUUAGUUCUUCGUCGCCGUUUCCUUUGUCAUACUUUUUGAGAAUGAACAGUUGUACCGCCAUCUCGGGGUUAAUUUUGCUGGUGGUGACCAACUUAGCGUGCAUUGUCAGCUUCGCCACCCCUUACUGGCUGGAGAAAACAGGGAAGACGAUAGGCCUGUGGGCGGAAUGUCAUGACCAGAAAUGUGAAUGGGUGUUUGAAAAGUCCAGCUACAGUCCCACCGACAAGGAUUACGUCAUCGCUUCCCAGGGAUUGAUGUCCGUUGGCCUGGCCGUGUGUCUCAUAGCACUACUUGUCGCUACCUUAGCCUUAUGUUGCCAGUGCACUAGUUGCAACCACGCAGGAUUUGUGGCGGGUUUGCUUAUAACAGCGUUUUUAAGCAUGGGAAUAGCUACGGCCGUGUACGGAAUUAAAUCAUCUAAAGAAGAAAAUGCCAAAGUGUCGUAUGACGCGUCCCUUCACUUCGGAUGGUCAUUCUGGGUGGCGGUGGGGGCAGCUGGAAUGGCACUGGUGACGUCAUUGAUUUACGGCUGUUCUUCCAAAGGAACGGACGAAUAAUCAUACGAGAAAGCUCAACAGAAAAUACAAAAACUUUGUUCAUUCCUAAACAAACAAUAACCCUUCUAUUUGUAAAAUAAUGUAUAAAUGUAGAUAAAUUAUGGAACAAUUUAGUACUUUCAAAGCAUUCAAAUUAUUUUAUUCCGUAUGUAGUAUUACAUGCAUAUUUUGAAGUGAUGUUUUCAUAUUUUGUUUUAAAUUAUCAUGAAUAUGAAACUGUCAGGAAGUUAAAAACAUAGAUGAAUAAUUUCCUUAAUUGUUAAUAAUGUAAAACACAAGUACCCUAAUUAAGAAUAUAUAUGGAAUUUCAGCAUCAGGAAGUACAUACUUUUAGGAAAUGGACUUUAUCUUCAGGAAGUUGUAUAAAACAAUGAACUGUUUAGAUGUGAAUUUUCUCUUAGCAAUAUUUCAAUCAUGUACGACAACACGUCUUUUAAUGUUAGCAUUUUUUUAGUUGACACAAAUAGUACUUUGGACUACACAAAUAGUACUUUGGACUAUGAAAAUGAACUAGAAGUUGCUUUGGCGGGAAACACGGCGUUGUUGGUUUUAUUCAUGCUUUUUGGCUCCUUUGGUAACUGUUUGGUGCUGUUUGUUUAUAAAGACUACAAAUUCUCCAACAAGCUUGACGACCGCCGCUUCAUACCCUAUCUGGCUCUGAUGGAUUUCAUGGCUUCCCUAGCCUCGUCCUGUCAAUACAUGAUCGAAAAUGGAUAUCCGCUGCGGUAUCCCGGAAGUUUAUCUUGCAAGGUUUUGACAUUUACAAGCUUGCUUCCGGCAUCUAUUUCGGGGAUGAUUUUGCUUGCAAUUGCAUUUCACCGAUAUAAAAGAGUUUGUAAUCCUUUUUCUCGCUUGCACAUCACACAGACUCAAACAAUUGCAAUGACUGCUGUGGGCGGCUUAGUUAUAUCUUUUCCCUCGUUAGUUUUUAGCGACAUAACUUUGUUUUUUGACAUAGAACAUGGAAUUAACGCGACAAAGUGCCUACGAUUGUCACCCACAUUAAAAACCUCGUCUAGUGUGUAUUCGUCGUUUAUAGCAGCCCUUUGUGUAGGGGGUAUUCUUUUCAUUAUUGUGUCCUACUCACUGGUCGGCGUCCGCAUCAAAAGACAGUACUCCCUGGCCCAGUCCACGAUUAGAACGACUCCCGCCAACGAUAUCGAUGACACGUCCGAAGACCUGACGGCGAGCACAUUUUCGUUGUCUACUGUUGCUACGAAAGAUAUGUUUUGGCAUACAAAAGACUAUAAAACACACUCCACUUUCUACCUAGACGACAUUGAUAAAGCAGAAAAUUCAAGUUGUGUGCCAUCUAGCAUGAAUACCCUUGAAACGACAUUAAAAAAGAAGAAAAAGCGCGCAAAGCAAACAAGAUUUAUUCAGCGCAAGCGAGCUCGGUUUUUAAGAUUUACUUGGAUGUUUGUUAUCAUGUCGGCAGUGUAUUGCUGUUCCCUUCUUCCUAGAGUUAUCGUUCGUGUUCUAGAGAUGGCGGUCACAAACUUCUGGUUCAAGCUUGACAGGGAAACGCUGGUAGCCAUGACGUUUCUGGCACGAAUUUACAUCAUUAGUUUUAUUGUUAAUCCGGUAAUAUAUGGAUUCUUUGAUAAUAAAUUCCGUAAAAAAUGUAAGCGUUUACUUAAAAACUGUAAUUGUUAUUUACGAGUCACGACAACGACGGUAUAGUUAUGUAUUUUUAUGUUAUACUAGGUUUUUUGUAUCAAUAAAUACUUGUAUUUUCCUUAUUUAUUUUUUAAAAAUGCAUUCUAUAGUUUAAAUUCGUAGCAAUAACAGUGGAAACCGUCUCCCAAAAGAACGUCUUCCUUCUGAUUAAAGAAAAAAUAGUAUUGUUAUUUAUAUUUUGUACUGCAUUGCAUGUAUCGACGAUAUUUUUAUUAUAUCUGUUUAAAAUCGCUUCCUCUUACAUAAAAGGAGUGUCAUACUUAACUGCAAUUUUUUUAUGGAAAGAUUUGUAAGUAAAGCACUGACAAAUAAGAAUGAAUUUUCAUAAAUAUACUUUUUUAUGAUCACAAAGUGUAAUUGUUAAUAAAAUUGAAAAAUAAAUAUUAUAUUUUUGAAAAUUA